CAUUUAAUGUUACAGAAAAAAAUCUCCGUAAGAGAGACAUUAUGAUUUCACAUCCUUGGAGAAAAGGGGCCCCUUUAGGACUGGUAGCCCCACGCGUAGAGCACGGGUCGCUUGGUGGGCUUCUCUGAAGGAGAAAAUCCAGGAACGGCCCCUUUAAGAGGAAGCUAAACCACGACCCUGCCAUUCAUCAUCUUGGGACUCCAUUUCCCAGCGCCCCUCGCGUAUCCCUUGGGACCGAAUGCAGGCCGAAUUACAUUGACCAGAAGGCUCCGGGGGAUGGCGGCGGGCCCUGGAGCUAUCACAGCCUACAAGAGGAGCUAUUUCUUGCGGAUCUAGUUGGUGGGGGCGGGACUUCCGGUAGCUCCCUCGCUGACGUUCGUUUUGCUCUUGACAGGUCGUUCUGCGCUGCCCUUGGGAACCCAAGCGUUGGGUCCCGGCCGCUUUCCAGGCGUCUCCUUGGGACCAUCCGGGGACAGAAAGCAGGAUGGGACCGACCUCCCCGCAUUCAACGAGACGUUGUCUUCUGUAACGGGGCGUUCUCCGCGCCUGCUCUGAAUCCCCGCGGUCCCCGGAGACGGCGCCCUAGAAGUCGUGCGCUAUUACACCGUGGAGACUGAGUCCCCGAGUGUGACGGGCGGCGGGCGGGCACCUGGUCCAGCGCAGUUGUGGGAUUGGCUGAGCCCACAGGGCCAGCCCGGGUCCAAUAGCGGUGGCGGCGCUGAUGGACCAGCCGCGGCUGUCCUCAUCAUGGCAGGGCUGGGGAACCUUUGAGGAUGUGGCCGUGUUCUUCUCUCAGGAGGAGUGGGAGCUCCUGGAUGAGGCUCAGAGAUGCCUGUACCACAAUGUGAUGCUGGAGAACUUGGCACUUGUGGCCUCGCUGGGACUUGCAUCUUCCAAGUCCUGUGUGGUUGCCCACCUGAAACAGGGCAAAGAGCCCUGGGUGCCCGAUAGAGUGGACCUGUCUCUAGCCACUGCAAGAGAGGCCAGGAGGGAGCCUAGCUCUGGUUGUUGGUGUGGAGUACAGGAAACCCCUCCUGAGCAGGGUGUUUCUAUACAAGGAGUGCUGCAGUUCGGGACCCCUGAGACAGGUCUUUCCAUCCAGAAGAUCAACCCCUGUGACAUGUGUGGCCCUGUCUUGAAAGACAUAUUGCACAUGGCUGAGCACCAGGGAACAUAUCCUAGGUACAAACCAUACAAGUGUGAAGUGUGUGGGAAAGGUUUCCUACUCAGUGCAAACUCUCGCCAGCACCAGGAGCACUGUGGGGAGAAACCCAUCACAUGCAGGGAGUGUGGUAAGGAUGUUGUGGACAGCCAUGGCCUCCUCCAGCACCAACCCUCCCACAGUGAGGGCGAGCCAUGCAGGAGCCUGGGCCACGGGGAAUCCCCCGCACUGAGCCCCUGUCACCAGCAGCAGGGGGUCCUUGCUGCACAGAAGCUCCUCAAGUGUGGCAGCUGCGGGAAGGCCUUCCUGAAGGCCCUUGUGCUCCUCAACCACCUGCUGACUCAUUCCACAGGGACACACUUCAGCUGUCCAGCAGGUGGAAAUGCCCCCACGGAGAAUGCGAUCUUUGUUGGUCACGGAAAAAUUCACACUGGAGAAGCACUGCACGUGUGCAAGGACUGUGGGAAGGCCUUCAGCCACCCAUCUAAGCUGAGGAUGCACCAGAAGGUUCACGCUGGAAAAACACAUCACAAUUGCAGUGAGUGUGGAAAGGCCUUCACCCGCAAACACUCGCUGGUCCAGCACCAGAGAGUCCACACUGGAGAGCGACCAUAUGAGUGUGCACAGUGCGGGAAGGCCUUCACUCGCAGCUUCCAUGUGGUUCGGCACCAGAAAGUGCACAACACAGACCGGCCUUAUGAGUGCAGACAGUGCCGGCGAGUCUUCAGCUGUAUCUCCAACUUUGUUGAGCAUCAGAAAAUACACACCGGAGAAAGGCCUUAUGAGUGCAGUGAGUGUGGGAAAGCCUUCAUUAACAGCUCUCAUCUGGUCCGGCACCGGAAGGUGCACAACACAGAAAGGCCCUUUGCGUGCAGCAAAUGUGGGAAAGCCUUCCGGCAGACCUCCAAGCUUAUUCUACAUCAGAGGAGUCACACUGGAGAAAGGCCUUAUAAGUGCAGCCAGUGUGGGAAAGCCUUCAGCUGCCCCUCCAACCUCAUCCCACACCAGCGAAUUCACACUGGAGAAAAGCCUUAUGAAUGCUCCAAAUGUGGGAAGGCCUUCAGUCAAAGCUCUGCCCUCAUUCAGCACCAGAAGGUUCACACCAGAGAAAGGCCCUACGAGUGCAGUGAGUGCGGGAAAGCCUUCAGCUACAGCUCUAACCUUGUUAAGCACCGCAAAGUCCACACUGGAAAAAAGCCAUAUGAAUGCAGCCAGUGUGGGAAGGCCUUCAGCGAAAGCGCCAUCCUCAGUCAGCACCAGAGAGUUCACACUGGAGAAAAGCCUUACGAGUGCAACAAAUGCGGAAAAGCUUUCCGCUACAGCUCAAACCUCUCUAAGCAUCAGAAGGGUCACACUGGAAAAGAGCCUUCUGAGUGCAGAGGACACAGGAAUGCCUUCAGCCAGCACCAGAGAGGUUACAACAGAGAAAGGCCUUAGGAGUGUGGCAAAUGUGGAAAACCAUGAGCAUGGGCUUUCUCCUUGUUUACUAUAAAAGGACUUGCUGGGCUGGCUGAGUGAUUCAGUUGGUUAAGAGUUGGCUUAAGAGCGCAAGUGCUGAGCAGCAGGGCCGCCGGUUCGA